UGGUGAAAGAAGUUGGGUGAAAAGGGCCGGAGAGUGGUGCGAGCCCGGGCUGAUGCCAGAGCGAAGCGGAGGAGCAGCAUCGAGCCUGCGGAUGUAGCAGAUACUGUACACGGCUUCUCCCGCAGGGAUGCGACCUAGAACCGACACAUCAGGCACAGCACAGCUCCGCGGAGGGAUGAACUGACGCAGACUUCUCUUUAUUCCUCAGCGCGAAGAGCCGAGCAGACUUCGUGGAAAAAUGGCCGUUCGUGGCAACUCGCUGAUGCCGUUCUCAAUCCAAGCCAUCCUGAACAAGAAGGACGACAGUCGACACCUGCCAGAUUUGGACAUGUGCUUCUCCAAGACGACGUGCUGGAAAAUAUUCGGGGAGAUGAACGGCGGCUCUCGGAGGGACGAGGCGGAUGCGUGUGAGCCGCCGGACCAGAAGAGCUACGACUCGGACUCGGGACUCAGCGACGACGCCGACAGCAAGACUCCGGCCGGGUGCAAGUCGGGGAAGGACGGGGAGCCGGGGUCCGAUGUGCCGGAGGAAACGGACCACGAGUCUGCAGCCGCGGAGAACGCAAAGAGCGACAGUGAGCCGAAUAACGCGACGGACUCCAGCACCCUGGACGAGAAGAGCCCGGACCAGCCCAAGCAGCGGAAGAAGCGCUCCAGGGCCGCCUUCUCUCACGCGCAGGUCUUCGAGCUGGAGCGUCGCUUCAACCACCAGCGGUACCUGUCCGGGCCCGAGCGGGCCGACCUGGCGGCCUCCCUGAAACUCACGGAAACUCAGGUCAAGAUCUGGUUCCAGAACCGGCGGUACAAGACGAAACGCCGCCAGAUGGCCGCGGACCUGAUGGCGUCCACCCCGGCGGCCAAGAAGGUGGCGGUGAAAGUGUUGGUGCGGGACGACCAGAGACAGUACGGGCCGGGAGAGAUCCUGCGGCCCCCGCUGCUCUCCCUGCAGCCGUCCUACUACUACCCCUACGCGUACUGCCUGCCCGCGUGGACGCUCUCUGCGUGUACGGGGAACCCGUGACAAUCUGUGGCUAUUUAUUCCUUCCAACAACUGGCCGACUGUCUCCCGGAGGAUGAGAGCCAGGGGGACUAAUCCGCUCACCGGGCUCACCGUGGGGCCUCAGGCCACAUCACGGGCCCCACAACUGCUUCCUCAAAUCCUCCCAAAUCCUCCUCCGUUUGUGUAAAACAGCACCGUCCACAGCAGACGGUUCUUAUCAUGCUAUUGGUGAGCGUGGAGAAUGGACCUCCUCUUUUUUAAUGUAGUAUUUUAACCUCUGAGGAGUGACACUAAUAACGUUGAAGUAUUCCUUUCUCUGCCCGGGAGCCGCGCGAGGACCUCUGACGCCCCGCGCACCUCACUUUGGGAACCUGCGGCCUGAGCUGACAGAACAUGUUGGUUCAUAUUUUACAUGCGUCUUCCUACCUCUGCAGUGAUUGGAAAUGGACAUUUUCCAUUGACUUUACAUUGAAGUGUGUCUGUUACAGGUUUUGUUGUUGCUGUGUUUGCAAAGGUAAGAUAUUUCAGCACUUUGGAGCUUUUUACGUCACAUUACUUCGGUGUAAGACGCAUUCUAGUGAGCGCAUGUCGUGUGAGGAUGACAGGAGGCGGUCUCUUGUGUUAUUGGCCUAAAAGUGAUCUCGUGGCAGGAAGCAGACUAUAAAACGGACACACGUCUAAUUGAAAUGUACAUGUGUUAUUCGUGUAAAAUGACGAAAAAAACAUUAAAACAUAUC